CUCAACAUCCAAUUUUUUUCACAACUUAUCAUUCAUCACAAAUUCAUUCUUCAAAACAUAUACAUACAUCAAUCAUUUCUCAUAUUUUCAUCAUUUGUUUUUCAUUCAUUAAUUUCCAUGGCUGAUACAAUUAGAACAACAACUCUUCCUAAUUUACUACUUUCGGUUAAACUAAAGUAUGUCAAAUUAGGCUACCAUUACUUAAUCUCACAUGGUAUGUACCUUUUAUUAACUCCUUUAAUCGCGAUCUUCACAAUUCAAUUAUCAACACUCACUUAUGACGAUUUAGUCAAUUUAUGGAACCAAUUUCGGUUCAAUUUAGUAACCGUGAUCAUUUGUUCCACGUUGAUCGUUUUUUUAGCCACGUUAUACUUCAUGAGUAGGCCCAAAAAAAUAUACCUAGUAGAUUUUUCGUGUUACAAGCCCGAUGAUGAACGUAUUGUCACACGAGAAAUAUUUAUGGACCGUUCGGCUAGAGCUGGAACGUUUACCGAAGACAAUUUAGCCUUUCAGAAAAAAAUAUUGGAACGUUCGGGUUUAGGACAAAAAACGUAUUUUCCUGAGGCCGUGUUGGCAAUUCCACCAAACCCGUGUAUGGCUGAAGCGAGAAAAGAAGCAGAGAUGGUGAUGUAUGGAGCUAUUGAUGAUUUGUUAGCGAAAACCGGGGUGAAAGCUAAAGAAAUCGGGAUAUUGAUUGUGAAUUGUAGCUUGUUUUGUCCAACUCCAUCUUUAAGUGCCAUGAUUGUGAAUCAUUAUAAGCUUAGAGGAAAUAUUAUGAGCUAUAAUCUUGGUGGUAUGGGUUGUAGUGCUGGAUUAAUCUCCAUUGAUCUUGCUAAGCAACUUUUGCAGGUGAACCCAAAUUCGUAUGCAUUGGUUGUGAGCACGGAGAACAUAACAUUAAAUUGGUACUUUGGAAACAACCGGUCAAUGCUUGUGUCAAACUGUCUAUUUCGAAUGGGUGGGGCCGCGGUUUUGUUGUCAAACCGGUCUUCUGAUCGUCGUCGAUCAAAAUAUCAACUCAUUCAUACCGUUCGUACACAUAAAGGUGCCGAUGACAAAUGUUACAGUUGUGUUUAUCAAGAAGAGGAUGAAAAAAAAGAAAUAGGCGUGGCACUCUCAAAAGACCUUAUGGCGGUCGCGGGUGAGGCCUUGAAAACGAACAUCACAACUCUCGGACCAUUAGUGCUUCCCAUGUCCGAACAACUAUUGUUUUUUGCAACAUUAGUCGCGAGAAAAGUCUUUCAAAUGAAAAUCAAACCGUACAUUCCAGAUUUUAAGCUUGCAUUCGAGCAUUUUUGCAUCCACGCGGGAGGGAGAGCGGUACUUGAUGAGCUAGAGAAAAAUCUCGAUUUGUCAGAGUGGCAUAUGGAACCAUCGAGGAUGACCCUAAAUAGGUUUGGAAACACUUCAAGUAGCUCGUUGUGGUACGAGUUAGCUUACGCCGAGGCCAAGGGUAGGAUAAGGAAGGGUGAUCGCUCAUGGCAAAUUGCAUUUGGGUCGGGUUUUAAAUGUAACAGUGCAGUUUGGAAAGCGAUAAAGACAAUUAACCCGGAUAAGGAGAAGAAUCCUUGGACUGAUGAGAUUGAUGAUUUCCCUGUUCAUGUUCCUAAGAUUGAGAAGAUUGGUUCUUAAACCUUACAUUUAUUGUUUGACUCUAUUACUACAAAUUUUUUUGAUUAUAGAAUGAAAAGGAAAUGCAUAAUAUUGUUAUGUAAUUGUAGAAAAGUCAAGUGGCAAUUGUCAAUUAUGAUGUAUUGAGUUUUGUACUUGGAUAUAUAUUUAAACAUACGGUUUGUUCA